UUAGAUAGUAGAUCCCCCCAAACAUGUUUGUCCCCGAAGCAUACAAAAUCUCAGACCCUAUCCACUCACUUCACCUCCCAAUCCACUUCCCCACCGCCAUGCCACCGUCGUCACCGCCACCUAACCCCUCCACCAUCGCCGCCGUCAAACACAAUCCAAAAUUCCAACAGUAACCCCAUCAAUGGAAGCUCACGAGCCCGAGUCCUUCCACUGGCGCUACAUAGACUUCGACGACCACGACUUCCAAAUACGCGGCCGCACUUUCCUCUUCGCCGCCGUCCUCUUCGCCAUCCUCCUCCUAAUCACCUUCCUCUUCCUCUACACCCGCUGCCGCUACCGCCACCUCCACCACGCCGCCCCCCACACCUCAUCAUCAACCCACGCGCCGCCGUCUCGACCCCGUGGGCUCGAUCCCUCCACGAUUAAGAGCUUUCCAAUCGUGUUGCACACGUCGUCGUCCGAUACGAAGAGCGUCGCUGAAUCGGAGUGCUGUAUAUGCCUAGGAGUGUUUGGAGUUGGUGAGAAAGUAAAGGUGUUGCCGAAUUGCAGGCAUUGUUUUCACUCCGAGUGUGUUGAUAAGUGGCUGAGUUCGCAGCCGAGUUGUCCGCUCUGCCGAUCUUCUCUCCGAGUUGACUCCCCUGUUUAACUCGGUCAGUUUGCAUAUACUUUCUUUUUUUUGUUGGAAGUUGAUUUUCACGCUCUAUUUUGUAUAUGAAAUAACGUUAAAAAUAAAACGUCUGCGUAUAAAAGUGGAGCGUCAAAAUGAGCAUUAUUUUUAUUGAAUUUUGAUAUUCGCGUCCCACUUUUUACUGAUGACGUUUCAUUUUGUUCAUGAAGUUACUAGUAAUAAUUAGUAACUUCACAUUAAAAGUAAAACACCAGUAAAAAGUGUUUUGUGAAAAUCAGUUUUUGUUUUGUUUUGUUGGGGGAUUACACUGUUUGUUUGAUUUGAUUAGAACCUUUUAUUCGUUCAUUGACAGCUGUCGAAUUGUAAUUGGAUGAGUCGUUAUGUACUUUGUUUGAUUGAUGUAAAGUUUGCAAUAAAUUUUUAAAGUGGAGUACUUUUUGUAAGUGAUUGUUAAGUUUGUAAUAAACGUUUUUGGCCUUCUUUGUUUGGAAGAACUGGAGCACGGUUUUCAAUAAAAAAAUUUAUUUAUCUC